CGUCAAUUUUUCACAAGCUAAAACUUUCAGGCGGGUCAAGUUAUGUGCUUUUAGUUUUUAUCUUGUUUUCCGCGUGAAAAAGACACUUUUGUGCAAUUUAUUGUAUUUCUGUGUGUAAAAGAAAACACAGGAUAUGCCCUCCAAUUAAAGGAUUUGUGGUAGAAGAGGAAUGCCACUGGCUUACGGAAUGAUUGGGGGCGCGGCAACUACAUCCACAUUAAUGGUCGAUUCGACCCAAAUGAACGUUUUCCGGAGCUAUGUGUCGAUGCUGGCCGAUCCGAUGGCCAAGGAGGAGGUCAAGCUGAAGGCAGCCCAGGAGUUGAGUGAGAAUUUCGAGAUAAUCACUCAAUGUUCGGGGUAUCAGUCCUUCCUGGAGCACGCCAUGAAGAUUUUCAUAAAGGUGCUCCAAGAUGGCGAGCCGCAGUUUAUAUCGGAGAACAACAUUCAGCAAGUGCGGAAAUUGAUCCUGGAGAUGAUUCAUCGUCUCCCCACAUCGGAGAUCCUCCGCCCCUACGUCAAAGUCAUCCUGACACUAAUGCUCAAAUUACUUCGCGAGGACAAUGAGGAGAAUGUUCUCGUGUGUCUGAGAAUCAUCAUUGAACUCCAUAAGCAAUAUAGGCCGGCUUUUAAUCCGGAAAUUGGACACUUCCUGGCCUUCGUCAAGACCAUCUACUCGGAAUUGCCGAAGCACAUGCCCAAGAUCUUUGAACCACGGGCCCUAAUACGCGUAAAGGACCUCAAGGAAUUGAACUUGGAUCAGCUUUUGACUGAAUCCUACACAAUAACGCCCAUUCAGGUUGAGAAGAAAACUACUGACGGUACAACAGUCACUCAAAAUUUGAUACCAAAAGGAGUACUUUCUCUCAAAGUGCUGCAGGAGCUACCAAUAAUCGUAGUACUUAUAUAUCAAAUUUACAAGCCGUUUGUUCAUCAAGAAGUUGCGGAAUUUGUACCACUAAUUAUGACUACAAUCACCCUUCAACCAUCAAUUGCACACAGACAAUCUCCAGCUUUCAAUAAGGAGGUAUUUGUGGAUUUUAUGGGGGCUCAAAUAAAGACAUUAUCUUUUCUGGCGUACAUCAUUCGCUUAUUCACUGAUGUUAUUGUCACACACUCUGCGUCCAUGGUGAAAGGAAUGCUGAGUUUGCUGCAACUCUGUCCCAAGGAGGUGGCUCACCUGCGAAAAGAACUCCUGAUUGCUGCAAGGCACAUCUUGGCAACAGAAUUGAGAAAUAAAUUUGUUGGUUUGAUGGAUAAACUCUUCAAUGAGGAUUUGCUUCUGGGUCGUGGGUACACAACGCAUGAAUCGCUGCGUCCAUUGGCAUAUUCCACAUUGGCAGACUUGACCCAUCAUGUGCGACAAAAUCUGAGUCUUCCUGUUUUGGCGAAGGCAGUUCAUUUAUUCUCAAAAAAUGUGCACGACGAAUCACUUCCCACCAGUAUACAGACAAUGUCAUGCAAACUACUGCUGAAUCUCGUUGACUGCAUUCGCCAAAGGAGUGACACAGAGACCUCCACAGCUCGGGACUUGCUCAUAACAAUGCUCAAUGUUUUCACGUUAAAGUUCCAAACAAUUGCCAAGAUACAAUUGCCACAAAUAAUGAAGAAAUGUGCACCAAAUUCAAGGAGAGCUCUCAAACCGGAUGAGUCAUCAAGUUCAUCCAACAGUGGUACUCCUACUCAAACAAAUCCACCUGCACUUACAUCUUCCGAUACCUUCCGCGGAGAUUCCGUUUCCUUUGAUGUCCCUUCAUCGGAUCAACCAACAAAAUUGGGCAGUAUUGGUUUCCCUCCACCGCCAAAUCUCAACGUGGCUGAAUACCGGAGUCUGGUGAAGACACUCGUCUGUGGUGUUAAAACAAUCACCUGGGGAUGUGCAGGAUGCAAAUCACCAUUGAGUGACUGUACUAAUCCCAGUCAGCAGUCGAAAGUCUUUCAGCCAAGUGAGAUUCUCAUAUUCAUUGAUCUUGUUCAAUGGGCACUCGAGGCUUUGGAUAUUUACAUGAUAAAUGUACCAACUGUGGGUCCCAGUGCGGGACAAAUGGUCAAGACAGUCAGCCAAGUGCCCAGGAGUAAGGAAGAGAAGGAGGUCCUUGAACACUUUAGUGGUGUCUUCCUGAUGAAUAAUCAAAACUUCCAGGAGAUCUUUGCGUCAACCAUUGAUUUUAUGGUGGAACGUUUGCAUGAAAAUCCGGCAUUGCAAGUAAUUGCAAAUUCCUUCUUGGCCAAUUCUGUGACUUCGCCACUAUUUGCCACGGUUCUCGUUGAGUACCUAUUGGAACGGAUGGAGGGUAUGGGGUCGAAUGUUGAAAGAUCAAACUUGUAUUUGCGCCUCUUUAAGCUUGUCUUUGGGAGUGUGAGUCUCUUUCCGGCUGAAAAUGAGCACAUGCUGCGGCCACAUCUCCACAACAUUGUCAAUAGAUCCAUGGAGUUGGCAAUGACGGCAAAGGAGCCAUACAACUACUUCCUCCUUUUGCGUGCGCUCUUCCGAUCUAUAGGCGGUGGUAAUCAUGAUUUGCUGUAUCAGGAAUUCCUACCGUUACUACCGAACCUCCUUGAGGGUCUCAAUCGUCUCCAAAGUGGAUUCCACAAGCAGCAUAUGAAGGAUUUAUUUGUGGAAUUGUGUCUGACUGUGCCCGUUAGGCUAUCCUCUCUCUUACCAUAUUUACCAAUGCUCAUGGAUCCCCUUGUGUCAGCACUAAAUGGAUCACAUACACUCAUAAGUCAGGGAUUGCGGACACUUGAAUUGUGUGUGGACAACCUGCAACCGGAUUUCCUGUAUGAUCACAUUCAACCCGUUAGGGCGGAACUUAUGCAAGCACUCUGGCGUACCCUACGGAAUCAGGAUAGUGCAGCUCUCGUGGCUUUCCGUGUGCUGGGUAAAUUUGGUGGAGGCAAUAGGAAAAUGAUGAUUGAACCACAAUUUCUGGAGUACAAUGAUAAAGAUACUUCAGCUCCGGCAAUUACAGCAUACUUCCAAGAUAAUCUUCAACCGGUAGACUUUCCGGUGGAUAAAGUCAUUGAAACGGCAUUCUCUGCGCUAAAAUCCAGCUCAACUGAUCCCUUCUACUGGCGACAGAGUUGGGAAGCCAUUCGAUGCUAUUUGGCAUCGUCUCUCUGCCUUGAUGAUGACAAGCACACUCUUCAGAAGCUUUUCAUGCAUCCGAGUUUCGUUGAGGGGAACAUCGGAACGAUGCUUCCACAACAAUAUCGUGCAUCGGAUUCACAGGCACGUCAAACGCAUCAAACAGCUCUGACGGGAAUGUUUGUGGCAGCAGCUACGAAGGAUCUGAGAGAAUCUGUUCUACCCACAAUGGUUGCAGUGGUACGACACUACACAAUGGUAGCUAUUGCUCAGCAAGCAGGACCUUUUCCCCACAAGUACUACCAGAUGAGCAAUGGACUCGAUCCACUUGUUCUCAUUGAUGCUCUCGCAGCAAUUAUGGGGCAUGAAGAGAAGGAAUUAUGCAAACCCGGACGUUUUGCUAUGGUUCUCAUUCUGCAGACAGCCACGAGUAUUAUGGGGACGAAGGAGAGAGCUUGCCGCUUGCCAAUGAUGCAGUAUUUGGCUGAGCAGAUGUGCAAUCUCUGCUAUGAGCGUCCAUGGUAUGCAAAAAUGGGUGGAUGUGACGCUCUGAAGUUCCUGUACCAGCACAUGGCAAUGAGAUGGCUAUAUCAGCACCUCUUUGUCUUUCUCAAGGCUUUCAUGUUUGUCAUAAUGGAUCUUGCGGGAGAAGUUUCGAGUGGAGCCAUUGAUACGGCCAAGACAAAUCUCGAAGAAAUGCUUCGAAUUUGCAUGGUGCCAUUGGAUAAGGAGUGCAAGAAUGAAGAAUUAAUUGCAACGCAGAAUAAAGCAAUGUACGAAGUUAUUCACGAAUUAGUACGUCAGGUAACGAGUCCUCACACCCUCGUCCGGGAGCAGGCAAUGUCAUCGUUGAAGCUCAUUGCGGAACUUCAGGGGAAGACUGUGACGGACAUAAUGGAGCCACAUCGGGAAGUGCUUGUAGAUAUGAUUCCGCCGAAGAAGCAUUUACUGCGUCAUCAACCAACAAGCGCACAAAUUGGUCUUAUGGAUGGAAACACAUUCUGCACGACACUAGAACCGCGUCUCUUUACAAUUGACUUUGCCCACAUUACCCAUAAGGUUUUCUUCCAUGAACUUCUUACGCUGUGCAAAGCUGAAGACAAUAUUCUCAAUAAACUCGAUUGCUACAAGAAUGUCACGAAUUUGGUUCCUCUACGAAAGAGUGCCCUGAGAGCUCUUGCCGCCUUCCACUAUAUCACUGCAGCUGGAUAUCGAGAGGAAAUAUUCAAGAUUCUUUUCAAUACGCUCGAGAAGAACAAUCCGGAGCUACAGGAAGCUGCCUUUGAAUGCAUGCAGAAAUUCAUUGCUGGCUUCCCGAUUGAGAAAGAGAUUGUCUACACUGGGAUGAAGUCCCUCCUCACCACACUUGGAGAUUACAGAAAUCUCACGUUGAGUGGUGUAAAGAGUCUAUCGUACCUCACUCAGCUUUUCCCAUCGAUGUUCAAUGAGAAAUUGUGCGAACAGCUAUUUCAGCAUAUAAGAAAGCUCAUUGAUCACUCUGUGAAUGCCAAUAAGGGUACAGAUCAAAACUUCUUGACGGUCGCCAAAACUGGUGAAACUGAACAAAAAAUUACGACAAUUAUUGGUAUCUUUCAUCAAAUUCCAGCAGCUUCAUCGAAAUUUGUGGACUGCUUGUGCCGCUUAGUUUUGAAUACUGAAAAAGAAAUUAUUGUGGAAUCAUCAAGCCCCUAUCGUGAACCACUGGUUAAAUUUUUACUUCGAUACCCGAAAGAGACGCUUGAACUGCUGCUCAAUGAAACAUCUGUGAAGGAUCCGCAGUGGAAUCGUUUUCUCAUUUACCUUCUCAAGCACAAAGACGGUGCAACGUUCCGGCUGGCCAUGGAGGGUCAGUCAGCCCAUUUGGUGGCUCUCAUUCUGACGAGUCCCUUUGAACAGGGUUCGAGUCAGAUGCAAACGUCGCAGUUGCCGCAGCAGCAAAUGCCACAGCCUAAAUCCUACACAGAUCGCUAUGAAGCUAUUCAUCAGGCUGUCCUAAUAGUUCAUACGCUCAUCCAAUAUGAUGAUCGUUGGUUAGCCACACAACCAGAUAUCGUGCAUGCCCUGAAGACUCUCUGGACGAAUGAUUUGUACAAAACCUGUGAAGCAUCGAUCGUGUGUGAUCUGUGGCAUUUAGUUGCAAAGAUCUUGCUGCAUUACUUUUCACAUCACACACAUGACAUUGAUUUGCUGUUUCAGCUUCUACGAGCUCUGUGCCUUCGAUUUAUUCCUGAUUUUCAAUUUUUGCGCGAUUUCUUGCAAAAUGUUGUUGCUCAGAGUUACACAGUUGAUUGGAAGAGAAAGGCAUUCUUCUAUUUUGUCGAUAAUUUCAACAAUCCCAACAUUUCGUUGGAACUCAAAGCGAAGAUCCUCACGUGCAUUCUCAUUCCGAGUUUUGCUGUGAGCUUUGAGAAGGGAGAAGGGAACAAAUUGGUUGGUGCACCUCCAACACCCUACCAGGAGGAUGAUAACAAUGUCGUCUCUGUCUUCAUUAUGAAGGUGAUUGAUCACGAUAAUCCGUAUGCAAAUGAUGACGCUGUCCGUAUUGCUCUGCUGCAAUUUGCGUGUUUGCUUGUUGAACGAGCAUCAUCCCAUAUUCACGAUGGGGAUGCCAAUAACAAAAAGCAAAGUAACAAAUUGCGACGUCUCAUGACGUUCGCGUGGCCGUGUUUGCUGGGGAAGAAUUGUGUCGAUCCUGCUGCACGCUAUCAUGGCCAUUUGCUCCUGAGUCACAUUAUAGCGCGCCUGGCAAUACACAAACGGAUUGUUCUGCAGGUGUUUCAUUCCCUACUUAAGGGGCAUGCAAUUGAGGCGCGAUCAGUGGUACGACAGGCUUUGGAGGUUCUCACACCCGCAAUGCCACUACGUAUGGAGGAUGGCAAUACAAUGUUGAAUCACUGGACGAAGAAGAUUAUUGUGGAAGAGGGGCACUCGAUGCAACAACUUUUCCACAUUUUGCAAUUGGUUGUGCGUCACUACAAGGUGUACUACCUUGUCAGGCAUCCUCUUGUUCAGCACAUGAUCAAUUCGAUUCAGCGACUCGGUUUCUCAGCCACGGCCACCGUGGAGUACAGGAAGCUUUCUGUGGAAUUGGCGGAAGUGAUCAUAAAGUGGGAAUUGCAGCGAAUUAAGGAGGAGAAUGAUGAGGUACUACCCACUGAAGAGGAGGAUCCCAAUAGUCAGGAAACGAAGACAAGUCAAUCGGGAGCACUGAAGCGGACGUCGCAGGAAGAGCAUGCAGAGAUGGUGAGGAAGAAGCAACUAGCUGCGGAAGCGGGACCAUCUACUGGGCAGCCAGUGCCAAAAGUUGAGGGUGCUAAUCGACCUAUUGAUCGCAUUCACUGUGAUACGGUACUCAAUUUCCUCAUGAGAUUAGCGUGUCAGGUGCAUGAACUGAACGCCCAACCGGGACAGGUGUCAGCAGGUGAGAGUCUCUCACGACGCUGUGUGACACUUCUGAAGAUGGCCAUGAAGCCCGAUGUGUGGCCACAGCCGUAUGAUUUGAAACUCGGUUGGUUGGAUAAGGUUUUCGCGAGUGUGGAUACACAGCAGCCGAAUUAUGGCAAUAUCUGUACUGCCCUUGAGUUGCUCACCUUCUUGCUGUCGGUCAUGAAGAAAGAUCAAAUUCUUGCCAUAUUCCGACCACUUCAGCGUGGUUUGUCGUUCUGUGUGAAUUGUACAAAUACAAAAGUCAUUCGACUCAUGCACAGUCUCCUGGCGAAGCUGAUGUCCCUCUUCCCAACGGAUUCGCAUCAUAAGUACGAAGAAUUGGAGACACUGUAUGCAACGGUGAAUAAGAUGAUUUGUGACGGAUUGAAUCAGUAUGAGAAGAGUCAACAGGCUAAUCCGUCAACUCUCUUCGGGACACUGAUGAUUCUCAAGGCAGCGUGUAUGAACAAUCAGAGCUACAUUGAUCGCCUCAUGGUGUCCUUCAUGAGGCUGCUCAAUCGACUGACAAAGGAUCACUUAGCAGGUUGUAUGGCACCACCGAGUAGUGGACAACCAGAUGUGGGACUUUCGCCAGUAGCCCUCGAAUUGCUCAUUCUCUCCUUGGAUCUCGUUAAGAAUCGCGUAGUCGUGAUGGGUGUUGAAAUGCGCAAGAUGUUCAUAGGAAGUAUCCUUGUGGGGCUCAUUGAGAAGAGUACAGAUGUGAAGGUAAUGAAAGCUAUUGUUAAGAUGAUUGAGGAGUGGAUGAGGCACAAAAAUACCCCAAUUACAGUAACACAAGCCCCAACACUGCGAGAAAAGUCAAUUCUUCUCGUGAAAUUGAUGCAUUUUGUGGAGAAGAGAUUUGCAGAUGAUCAAGAGCUCAAUGCACAAUUUCUCGAAUUGAUCAAUUUCAUCUAUCGCGAUGAUCAGUUGAAACAGACGGAGCUUACGUCUAAACUUGAGGCAGCCUUUGUGGCGGGUUUGCGCUGCAAUCAACCCCAUAUUCGGGCGAAAUUUGUUGAAGUCUUCGAUGGUUCUAUGCGUCGUAGGAUGCACGAUCGUCUGCUGUACAUCGUGUGCUCUCAAGCUUGGGAUACCAUUGGUCAGCACUACUGGAUAAAGCAGUGCAUUGAACUGUUGAUUCUCACUGUUAAUUCCUCAAUGCAAAUUCACAAUGCAAAUGAGAGUCAUCUCCUACCUAGUGUGUCGUCCGUCAUUAAUUUGGCGGAUUCGGAUGAGAAGAAGAACUUUGUCAUCUUCACUUCCUUACAGAAUGAUCCACAGGAACAGUUUGAUAUCAUUGAGGACAAAGAGGAUGCCUUCGAUAUGGACAUGAGUGUGGAGUCGACGGUGUCACGGCGGGAGGAGAGUGAACGACCUGUUGCCAAUCGGCAGACACAGCUGGUGAAGUUGAUCAACAGACAAUCCAAAUUCCUCGAGGCAAGUCGCAAGAUUCGCACUGAGCAACUGCUCGUGGCAACAGCACAGCUAUGUCAUAUGGAUACGCAAUUGGCUGAGCGUGUGUGGCUUGAUAUGUUUCCGCGCAUAUGGACGGUACUCGAUGAGGAGCACCAAAAUUCACUUGCUCAGGAAUUCCUUGCUUUCCUCUCAUCCGGUACGCACAACAACCAAAAAGAUUGCCAUCCGAGUGCAAUGAAUACCUUCGUGGAGGCCCUAACACGCUGCCAUCCACCAAUAGUUAUUCCACCACAUUUGAUGGCCUACCUGGGUAAGGCACACAAUCUCUGGCAUCGCAUGACCCUAAUGCUGGAGAAUAUGGCCCAGUACUGGCCACAGAAGAAGGAAUCGAGUCAGCAGGAUAUUUCUGAGGCGAAUCUAAAUAAUUUCUACGGUGGAGAGUUCACACAGCACGAUGUCUACGAUCCACUGUCGCAGAUGUAUUCGGUACUUCAGGAGGAGGAUCUCUGGGCGGGACUUUGGCUUAAGUAUGCCAAAUAUCCGGAAACCAAUAAUGCCAUUGCGUACGAACAGAUGGGCUUCUUCGAGGAGGCACAAAAUGCUUAUGACAUUGCAAUGUCAAAGCUCAAGCAGGACAUGGCGAAUGGUCCUGUGCCAUUUGAUAUAAACAACGAACUCCUCCUGUGGGAGAAUCACUGGAUUCGAUGUGCCAAGGAGCUGAAUCAAUGGGAUCUCCUUCUUGACUAUGCCCAAUCAAAUAAGGAUAAGAACUUUAUGCUAAUCAUGGAGAGUGCGUGGCGUGUACCAGAUUGGAAUUUAAUGGAGCAGGCACUACUUAAGGUUGAACAGAGCUGCCCGAAGCAGGCGACGUACAAAGUGAAUCUCUAUCGUGGUUUCCUGACAAUUCUGAAUUUGGAAAAGCAGCGACUCAAUUCCGUGGAAACAUACGUGGAAAUGGCAUCGAAGCUGUGUAUGCGUGAAUGGCGUCGUCUGCCACACAUUGUGUCACAUAUUCAUCUGCCAAUCCUCCAGGUGGCACAACAAAUCAUGGAACUCCAGGAGGCGAACCAGAUCCAUCAGGGACUUCAGCAAGUUAAGAUGUCCUCCUCAUUGCACGACAUGAAGGCCAUUGUGAAGACAUGGCGAAAUCGUUUACCCGUCAUUGCGGAUGAUUUGUCCCAUUGGAGUGAUAUCUUCACAUGGCGUCAGCAUCACUACCAAAUAAUCACGGAUCACCUGAAGCAGCAAACAGAGUCGGGGAAUAAUAUGUUGGGUGUUCAUGCUUCCGCUCAGGCAAUCAUUCACUUUGGCAAGAUUGCAAGGAAGCACAAUUUACGCGGUGUCUGCCAGGAUUCCCUUUCGCGCAUUUACACGAUACCUCAGGUGCCAAUUGUUGAUUGUUUCCAGAAGAUUAAACAGCAGGUGAAGUGCUAUCUGCAAAUGGCUGCCGUAUCGGGACGCAAUGAGCUCAAUGAGGCCGUCGAAGUGAUUGAAUCGACAAACUUCAAAUACUUCAAUCAUGAAAUGUCGGCGGAAUUUUAUGCCUUCAAGGGGCUCCUCUUGGCCCAAAUUGGGCGAUCAGAGGAUGCAAAUAAGGAGUUCAGUGCGGCCGUUCAGAUGCACGAUACACAAAUUAAAGCAUGGGCCCUCUGGGGUGACUAUCUUGAGCAUGUCUUCACGACGGACACCAGCCAACCGCGCAAUAUGCAGAAUGGCCAUGGGGCUAUGACGUGUUUCCUUCAUGCGUGUCGUCAUCAAAAUGAAUUCAAAUCACGCAAAUAUUUGGCCAAAGUUCUCUGGUUGCUCUCGUACGAUGACAAAGCUUCGUCUCUCAUGGAGAUGCUGGAGAAAUUUUCAGUGGGUGUUCCACCCCUUCACUGGAUUCCAUGGAUACCACAACUACUUUGUGCUCUGGUUCAGUAUGAGGGGAAUGUCAUUUUGAAUCUUCUCAGUCAGGUGGGACGAAUGUUCCCACAGGCUGUCUACUUCCCCAUUCGUACGUUGUAUUUAACGCUGAAGAUUGAACAGCGCGAGAGGUAUAAGAAUGCAGAACAAGCCACCUUAGCGGCAGCCAGCAAGACACAGCAGUCGAGUGGGGGUGUUGGCUCAAGUGCUGCCGGUAGUGGCUCAGAAGCAUCCCCUAUACCAGCACCAUCACCCAUUGCCAUGUCAUCGGCACAAUCUAGCAGUAGCAGUGGAACUGGUACAGCGGCUGGUGAUCAAUCGGGAGCAGCUGGAGCAUCGGCGGGACCAAUAAAGGCUACACCACCCAUGUGGAGGUGCUCAAAGAUUAUGCACCACCAGCGAGAUAUUCAUCCCACAACACUUAGCUCCUUGGAAGGAAUUGUGGAUCAAAUGGUGUGGUUUAGGGAGAACUGGUACGAGGAAGUUUUACGGCAGCUGCGGCAAGGAUUGACAAAGUGUUACGUGAUUGCCUUUGAGAAUCGGGGAUCUGUAAAUGAGGCUACAAUAACACCGCAUACCCUUAACUUUGUGAAGAAAUUAGUCUCAACAUUUGGCAUUGGGAUUGAAUUUUUUUUUGCAGAAAACAUUUCAAGUUCAGUUGCAUCAACAUUCGCGUCGGCAGCAUCGGAAUCUCUUGCAAAACGUGCUCAAGCCACGGUGCAAGAUCCAGUUUUUCAGAAGAUGAAAGGACAAUUCUCCAGUGAUUUUGACUUUUCCCAGCCGGGAGCGAUGAAGUUGCACAAUCUCAUUGGUAAAUUGAAGAAAUGGAUUAAAAUACUCGAAGCAAAAACCAAACAACUCCCCAAAGUUUUCCUCAUCGAAGAGAAAUGUCGCUUUUUGUCAAACUUCAGCCAUAAGACAGCCGAAGUGGAAUUGCCUGGGGAAGUUCUCGGAUCACGUCCAUCACAUUAUCACAUACGUAUUGCACGUUUUAUGCCACGCGUUGAGGUGGUACAGAAGCACAAUACAGCCGCCCGGAGGCUCUCAAUACGCGGGACAAAUGGUAAAAUCUACAAAUAUCUCGUGGUCAAUGAUUCAGGUUUAGGGGAUGCAAGACGCGAGGAGCGUGUACUGCAACUCAUGCGAAUGCUCAAUCACUUCCUGGCAAAACAAAAGGAGACAUCGAGACGAUUCCUUAACAUCACCGUACAUCGCGUUGUAGCUGUUUCACCGCAAAUGCGUCUCGUUGAGGACAAUCCAACGAGCAUUUCUCUCUUGGAUAUUUACAAGAGUAGCUCGGCUAAGAUGAAAAUUGAACAUGAUACACCCAUUGCAAGGUACUAUGAGAGAUUGGCUGAAGUACAAUGUCGUGGCUCACAGACAACACAUCCCAUUCUACGUGAUAUUUUGCGUGAAAUUCAGCAAUCAAUGGUACCAAAAACCAUUCUCAAGGAUUGGGCUGUACAGUGCUUCCGAAGUGCCACAGACUACUGGCAAUUCCGCAAAAUGUUCACCCUUCAGCUGUCGCUGGCUUGCCUCUGUGAGCAUGCACUGCAUUUGACACGCAUCAAUCCGGACAUGAUGUACUUGCACCAGGAUUCGGGACUUGUUAACAUUUCCUAUUUCAAAUUCGACGUGGACGACACAACGGGCGAAUUAGAUUCAAGUCGUCCCGUACCGUUCAGAUUGACGCCGAAUAUUGUGGAAUUCCUCUCGAGUAUUGGGAUAACUGGACCACUCACGGCAUCCGCAAUGGUAACAGCGAGAUGCUUUGUCCAGCCAAAUUUCAAACUUCCAGCAAUUUUGCGCACAAUCCUGAAGGAUGAAAUAAUGGCGGUGCACAAGAAGAGACCAGCCGAUGAGAAUGCCAGCAUUGACCCCAAUGGGGAUUUAACGUCGGACAAGGGGGCAAAUGAUGUGGAUAUGGAGAAAAUCAUUGCGAUUGUGAACAAAGGGGUGAAUAGCAUUAUGAGUCGACUCAACAAUCUCUCCUACUUUGAGAGUGUUGACGCCAACAAGAUGGGUACACUCGUGCAAGCUGCUCUCAAUCCCGAUAAUUUGUGUCGUAUGGAUCCAGCCUGGCAUCCGUGGAUGUAAUUUGCAAGUUUCUUCACCAAUAACAGGCGCGAUCUUUAUAAUUUGUUUGAUUGACAAGUAAUGAAUGUUAUAUCACAUACCUACAUAUAAAUAUAAUAUUUGAAACAUUUUAUCAAAGAACAUCAAUAAUAAUUGCAAAAAAAUAAGUCCAUUAAAUCUCAAUGCGUGAAUACUGGGUGAAUUUAAUAUUAAUUGAAAAAAUCGCUCUAAUUUUUUUUUAGUAUUGUAAUGAAAUAAAAAAUUUUCUUUAAACAUCAAAAAUACCUACAUUAAUCUGCAAAUAAGAGUACGAUAUAUUUUAGGAGUUAGAAAUUAAUAUGAUUUGAGCAUUGAAAUAAAAUAAUUUUCAUUCAACAAAA